AUGCCCCCAAGAACAAAUACCACCAGGCGGCUCGACGCCACACAACUCGUUGGCCUCAGUCUGAACCUGACUGCUCACAAAACACCCGCAACACCCGAAACGGUCGCUCCCAUCUUCUACCAUCUUAAUCAGGAAAAGAUCCCACGCCGUUCUACUCGCUCCACACCUUAUUCUCGCGACUCCGCAGAGUCCAAAACCGUUUGGAACGCAGUAUGCGCUUUGAACGUCAUUGUUGCCUGCUCGUACACUAUCAGUGGCAAAUUUAAUCCUCAACUCGAUAGACGCUUUUUACGAGCGGAUGGAUGGCCAAGUAUCUGGGCUUGGCUCAUGUUUCUCAACGACGAAUUGGUUCUCAAAGCAUCGUACGAGCAAUACAUUCGUGACUGCUGCCCGCAGCUCAUACCUCAGGUUCUACAAGUCAUGGGGUUUUCUUCUGUCAUUCGUCGAGCUAUGAUCCAGACUCCUGGUGUGGUCGAGUUCGUGACGAAGAAAUGGAUGGUGGAGGAACAGUCGCCCGAGGACGAAGCGAUGAAGAAAGACGGUGGACGGUCUUUGGAACAACUCAUCCAUCCCGAGAAGCGUCCGGACGAAGUUACUUUUCGUGUUCUAGAGGCCUCUGGAUGGAAGUAUAAUGAGGUUGCGAAGCUUGCGCUGGGGAAGCUCCGCGCUCUUCUUGCCGAAAAACGCGCUGACGUUGCGUUGAUUGGCACUGCGGUGAAUGUUGUCAAUUAUCUCUCAAGCACCAACGCCUUCGAAAAGCUGGGUAGCGAUCCAAGUCCCGAAUAUCAGGACAGGUUGCUCUAUGCGUUUCUCGUCCAGGGCAAGAUCGCCGCCAUUGUCAAGGCCAUCGCCUGGUGCAACAAGCAACCAGCCGAGAACGCGAGCUUUUCGGAUCCCACCACACGCAUUGUCGCCUUCUCCUACUUCAGCAUGGUCGAUGACCUCAACACCAUGGACAGUCCUGUCUGGCUGAUCCAAGCGAUGGAGAGCGGGCUAUUCCUCGCUAUGCUCCGUUCGCGAAAAUGGGUCAGCGCUUUGACCACAUCGGACGAACAAGAGGAGACUUUCUCAGCCGCAUUGCUGUCGACUAUCAUCCCGUUGUACUUGCUCUAUCCGAAGGUCAUACGUGCUGCGCGGAAGGCAGUCAAACAGGUCGAGAGACUGGGUCUUGGGACGAAAGAGACAGCAGGCCCGCUUUAUGGUCGAUGGGUUGUGUUGAAAGAGAUCGUAGAAGAACGGGCCCGGCUGUUGAAGCAGUGGGAGAAUGACGUGGAGUUCAAGGGUGACCAGAAGCUCCGCAGAGACUACUGCGAACGUUGUUCCAUGUCUCCGGCACAGGACGAUGGCGAAGGAGAAAACACCGUCGAGCUAAAGCGAUGCACCUCAUGUCUGAACGUCUUUUACUGCUCAAAAGAAUGCCAGAAGGCCCAUUGGCCGCGUCACAAGGAGGACUGUAAAGCGGGCGGAGAGGCAUAA